GCCGACUCACACAUGCGCAGUUUUGAUUUCCUGCACAUGCAAGUUUGAGAGCUAGUUACCUAAGGAUUAUAGUAAUAGAAAAUGGCUGGAAUUGCACAAAGACUGACAUAUCUAGGCAUUGGUGUGGCUGCUGUGGGGAGUGUGAUAAACUCUGCAUUAUACAAUGUUGAUGGAGGACACAGAGCCAUAAUGUUUGACAGAUUCCGUGGAGUUCAACAAAAUGUCAUUGGUGAAGGCACACAUUUUAUGAUUCCAAUAGUACAGAAACCAUACAUAUUUGACUGUCGGUCCAGAGCAAGAAAUGUCCCUGUUGUAACUGGCAGCAAAGAUUUACAGAACUGCAAUAUUACCCUGCGUAUCCUGUUCAGGCCAGUUCAGGAAGAACUUCCAAAAAUCUUCAUAAAUUUGGGCCUUGACUAUGAUGAGAGAGUACUGCCCUCUAUUACACAGGAAGUGUUGAAGGCUGUAGUGGCCCAGUUUGAUGCCAGUGAACUGAUUACUCAGAGAGAACUGGUAUCACAGAAAGUGAGUGAAGAACUUAUGGAUAGAGCUGCAAAGUUUGGAAUUAUCUGCGAUGAUAUAGCCUUGACACAUUUGACAUUUGGAAAAGAAUUCUCAGAAGCUGUAGAAUUGAAGGCCGUUGCCCAACAGGAAGCAGAAAGAGCCAGAUACCUUGUGGAGAGAGAAGAACAGUCUAAACUUGCUAAUGUCAUCAAAGCAGAGGGCGAUUCCAAGGCUGCUGAUUUGAUAGCCCAAGCAUUCAAGUCAGCUGGUGAGGGUUUGAUCGAGUUGAGAAAAAUUGAGGCCUCGGAGGAUAUUGCCUACCAGCUCUCAGCUUCUCCUAAUGUGGUCUAUCUCCCACAGGGACAGCAAACUUUACUUGCUCUACCAAAGUAAUAACAAUAUGAGAGCAUUAUGAACUAAAAUGAAACAGAUACACAAUGUGAAAUGGUACAUUACAGAUGGAAAAUUAACUGUCUAUGAUUUGCUUUUAUUAGACUUUUUGCACCAUAUUGAUCAAGUAACACAUGACAGUGGAACGAUAAUAAAAGAUGUAUGAAUACAAUUUUGUGUAAGCUCUAUGUUACACGAUGCCAUGCUGGGAGAAAAGUUUGAGUGGUGCAAAGGUACAGUAAUGGCAAGGGUUAAACAAUAUUUCACCCAAUGAAAUUUACAUAUAGCAACUUUGAAAAAGGUUUUGUAUUUGUCUGUAAAUUGACUUGCCUUUUUAAAAACAUUACAAUGCCUUAUUCAGCCUUUAUUUUGGAAGCUCGCGUUAAGGGUGAAUAAAAUUUGAAAGUCAUCACUUGAAA